UGUGGGUUAAAAUAAAAUAUAUGUUUCCCCGGGUGCCUUGUACCGCCAUUGAUAGGUUCAGGCGCCACACCGGUAAGAUCCUCCAUCUGGAGCUCCUUCUGACUCGGGCCUCUGGUAUAUCUCUCUGUCUCUCUCUUCUCAAGGGUCUUACUAAAGGAGUGUAAUGUUGAGCUUGAUACGGCAGGUAGCUGUAAGAAGUACAAGCAUUCACCCGUAUAACUUCAUUCCGGCAGUGAACCAUUGCUGUGGCUUAUCCCUGAUAACACCUCCAUCUUCUACCAGCCAUAAACAACAGUCCUACACCAUGUCCACAAUGACAUCUCCUCCAGCAGUAGCAACUAAGACACAGGGCAUUGAGAAAAGUGUUUGGGUUGAAUUCAUUCAGUUGGCAUUAGAGGUGAAGCCCCUGAACCUUGGGCAGGGCUUCCCUGAUUUUGCUGCCCCAGAAACUGUUAGGAAAGCCCUUGCUGAAGCUUCUACAAGUGAAACCAAUGUUCUACUCAAUCAGUACACUCGUGGCUUUGGUCACCCUCGUUUGGUGGCAGCUAUAGCAAAGCUUUAUUCUAAAUUGGUAGGAAGAGAACUCAACCCCCUUACUGAAGUUCUGGUCACAGCAGGAGCGUAUGAGGCACUCUUUUCUACCAUUAUGGGACUGGUCGAUCAAGGUGAUGAGGUCAUCAUCAUUGAACCAUUCUUUGACUGCUAUGUUCCUCAAGUCAAAUUGGCUGGUGGAAUUCCUGUCUUUGUUCCUCUGCGUCCUAAGAAAACUGAAGGAGUAACAUCAUCAGGAGACUGGGUGUUGGAUCCUGUGGAAUUGGCGAAUGCGUUCACUGAUAAGACGAAGGCAAUUAUAGUUAACACCCCAAAUAAUCCACUAGGAAAGGUGUACUCUCAUGAGGAGUUAACAAUGAUUGCAGACCUGUGCAAAAAACACAACAGUAUUGCUAUUAUGGACGAAGUUUAUGAGUGGAUCACCUACAGUGGGUGCAAGCACAUCCGAAUGGCCACAUUACCAGGAAUGUGGGAACGCACAGUCUCCAUUGGUUCAGCAGGGAAAACCUUCUCUGUGACUGGCUGGAAGACUGGAUGGGCGUAUGGACCUAAUAACUUGCUGAAAGGAGCUCAAGUAAUUCACCAGCACUCUGUGUACACUUGCACCACACCUGUGCAGGAGGCUGUAGCUAUAGGGUUUGAGAUAGAAAUGCAACGGUUUGGAACACCAGAUUGCUACUUCCAGUCACUACCUGCUGAGCUGGAAACGAAACGUGAUAAAAUUGUCAAGAUUCUCUCAGAUUCUGGACUCAAUCCAAUAAUUCCAGAGGGUGGCUAUUUCAUCUUGGCUGAUGUGCGGGACAUUGCAAGCAAGAUUGAUGUUGGGGGUGAUACCAAUGAGCGCAAAGAUUUCCGUUUUGUUAAGUGGUUGUCACGUAACCGCAAGCUUCAGGGUAUUCCCCCUUCAGCCUUCUACUCUCCGGAACAUGGUGAUAUUGGCGAGAACUACAUUCGCUUCUGUUUUAUAAAGGAAGAUGAAAAUUUGGAGAAAGCUGGAGAGAUCUUGAGAGUUCUUAAGAAGGAUAUUGAUGAGAAGAGAGUUUGAACAACGGGAACAUUUAACAAAUCAGGCUUUGCACAAAUGUUUUGGUUUAUAGUGGUGGUCGAGCCCAUUUAAAAAUUGAGUGGAUAAUUUAUGGAAUAAACCUAUACUGCAAUAAAGUCUUUAAAUUAAAAAUACUUUUCUUAUAUAAAAAAUAGAAUAUGGAAUUUAUUAAUAAUAUUGCAUUGGAAUUAAGUUACGAAAGGAAAGUUAUAUAAAUAAACACUUCAAAGGAGGCACUGAAAUAAUAAUCUCUUCAAAGUUUUGUGAUGUGUUCACUCUGCCUCAUAACUUUGCUCAAAAAGGUCAGAUGAUAUGAGAAUUGAUAACAUGACCUAUUCAUAUGAAACAUUAUGGUCUUGCUUUAAAGUCUUUCCACUGCCUUACAGCUGCAUCUGCAUUGUACAGAAAUUAUUUUCGAUCAAAUUAUCUGUUAGAAAAAGCCGUGAAUGGUUUUACAGCAAGCUUAUCCUCAUGUUCUCUAGAUUAAUCAGCAACAUGCCAUGUGUGUCUUUUGACCAGUUCCAUAAUAUUUUUGAUUUUUCAGAUAAUGUCAUUACUAUUAUCCUAAUUGCAUUAUUUUUGCAAACUGGGUAUGCUAUUGAUAUAAUUAGUGUAUUGUACAUGUAUUGGGUGUACAGCACACUUGUUGGGGGACUAUAAUAUACCUUUUGGACAGUAAUUGCUAAGGCAGUUUAAUAUUCUUAUCUUGAUGUAUAAUAUUUGCUAAAGCUAUUAAAAGUAUUUUUUUUUUUAACAAAAAUAUAGUGAUAAUUGUAUACCAUGAAUGAUAUUGAGAAACUAUCUGACUUUAAGGAAACCAUUGUAUUGUAUUUUCACAUGUAUAUUUACUGGGAAAAGUGCACAACAUUUGUAGCUGCUCAAUAACUGGUCUAUAUUGAAAGUACAUGUGCAUGUAUUUUUUAAAUGGUUAAACAUGCUAAUUAAAUGAUAUUUCCUUAUAUAAUUGUCCAUUGUUGGCAAUACUAUACUACCUAUACUUGUGAUCUGGUGGAGAAUGAAUGUUUGUAUAAUGUUGUAUAUGGGGAUAACCUGCUGAUGUAUAGAUUUUUAAAUAAAUAUUUGUGGCUAUCCUUUUGA